UUCCUCCCACUAAUCUCCACGUCCUUGUUAAUCUCCACGUUGUCUCCUCCCACUCCCCUCCCCCUUGAGCGCAGCCUCCUAAACAAAAAAUUUUCCUCGGGGUUACUCCUCUUAAGGCCUCCUACCCUUUCUGAUUCCUCGCCUUCCCCUUCCCCAACCCUCCUCCCUAAUAUCUAUUAUUUUAAAUAAUGACAAAAAUAAUUAUUUUUUAUUUCAGAUAUUUAUUUUGUGACCGUUCCCACACCUAUCCAUUGUGUACAUCUAAAGUCCGUCAAGGCGGAAACUGUACAGGCUUUACGAAUGGGGAAGAUCCUUGUCUGAACAGUUAUUGUGUAAAUGGUUCUUGUAUUCUACAAUGAGCUAGAAGGAAUUUUGAUAUUUUUCGGUACUUUAUUGAUAUGACGCCCCCUAUUUUGAGUCUCAGAUUUCCCUUAUGAUGUGCAGAAUGGUCAGACUUUCUUACUUCCUCAAUUUUCCUGUG